AUGUCGGAAGUCGACUCGAGACCUCCGGCCAACAGGGGCAGGAGCUCACACCGUGGCGGCAGAGCCGGUGCUGGCAGAGGUGGGCCUCGCGGCGGCAGCAGAAAGCCCGCCAACGGUACCACCGCCGACACAUUCGCCGCUGAAGAGUCACUCGAAGAUCAGGGUGAACUCGGUGAAAUGAAGAAGAAGUAUGCCUCCGAAUUGAGCAUGCUGAAGGACAUGUUCCCCGACUGGACCGACGUCGACCUGGUGUUCGCUCUACAAGAAGCCGACGGCGACAUCCCAAGCACCGUCGACAAAAUCACUCAAGGCAACGUGUCACAGUUUGCCGAAGUCAAGAGCGCCAAAGACCGAGCUCGCUCCAAGGUCAAGGAAGCUCCGGCUGCGGCAGGCACGACCGACAAGGCCGCUGCUCGUGGUGGUCGCGGAAGAGGUGGCACCGACAGCGUUCGUGGUGCGCGCGGGCGUGCCUCUGAUCGCGGCAGAGGUGGCUUCAGAGGCGGGCGCGGAGGUCACACGACCACAAAUGGCACAGCGAAGGAUGCAGCAGCAGCUUCGGUGCCGACGACAGAGUCUUCGGCGUGGGAUGAUUCGACUACAACCAAUGCAGCACCAACAUCCAACUGGGAUGACAGCACUGCGGAUGCGAGCAAGGCAGCUGGCGACGCAGGACAAAGUGCUUGGGGAAACGUUGUCACGGCGGAAGCCACUCCGGCGGCAGCUUCUGAGGGCGCCAAGAGUACUCUGAUUCCCGAAGGCGGUCCGAAGAAGAGCUGGGCUAGCAUGUUUGCGCCAAAGCCAGCUCCACCGGCGGCGAAGAAAGCUCCGCAGCAACCCCCGCCAGCUGAGUUGGUCGCGUCAGGAGCAGUACCACCAGCAGAUUCGCAAGCUCAGGAAGCGACGAAGAGUGAUGAGCUGCCGCCCGCUCCGGUCAUUCAAGAGCCCACUCCAGAACCCACACCAUCCGUCGAGGCGGCCACACCUGAGCAGCCACCAAGUGCCACACAAGGUCAAGAUCUCACCGAUGCACCGCCAAAGGCACCUCUCACAGAAGAGAACGUCGAGCACAUCCCCGAUGACUCUCAUCCGCCAUCGACCGCGACGGCAGCCAGCACGGCAGGUUCGAUCGAUCCUCGCAACCUCACGCCGAUGCCGGGCCAGCAAGCUCCUAUUGGCCGUCCACCAAUGGGUGGCUACGCAACAAGCGCUUACCGUGCGACGGGAGUGCCAGGGAGGAGCGCCAGUUACCAGCGCAGGGUGCAAGAGCAGCAAGAAGCGGUCGUUAUGCCAGGACACAAUGCAGUCGACCGAGCCACAGUUCAGUUCGGUAGCAUGGGGCUGAACGGGGAGCCCGGUCCGGACGUCGACGAAGACAGGGAGGAGCCGGAGACUCGCCAAGCACCGCAACACUCACCACCAUCUCAGCCAAGAGCUUCCUUGCCACCCGCGCCCCGUCAGGCCCCUGCAGCGCAAGAGCCUGCCCCUGCUGAGAGCUUGCCCACUCCAAAGCAAGCCCCAGGUCUCCCUCCGGCGUCGCAGCUCAACCAGCAGCAGAUGCAAGAGGCGGCCAUGCCUUCGAGUCUGCACAAUGAGCCACCGCAGAUGAACCAGAGCUACAACCAGUACGGUCGGUACGGACAGCAGGCUCUGCAGCAGGAUACCGCUCCUCAACAACAGAAGCAGUACGAUCCGUUCAGCCACCAAGCACAACCGAGUCACUACGAUCCGUAUGGCACAUCUGCUCACCAGUCUCAGCAACAACUCCCACAGAGUCACUCUGGCUUUGGAGGGAUGUCGUCCGCUCCGAACGACAUGUCGCAGUACUACACCUCGAAUCAGCAUCGCUCCGCUUACGACAACUACUACGGCAGCGGCUACGGCCCACAAGAUGCACGCAGCCACGCAAGCCAGGGUCAACAAGACGCCGGACAAGCUCAGCAGCGCUCGACGAGCGGCUUCGGUGCCGGCCCGACUGAGUCUGCUUUCGCGGCCCAAUCGCAGCAACAGGUCAGUAUACCCACAUCCCUUCUGGAACUGAACGAUGCUUUCGAACGCUGCAACGACGCGAACGAGAGGCAAUUUCUGUUUGAGCAGAUUCAGCGCAUUGGGGCCAGCUUGCCGUCACAGCCCACUGGGGCUCAAGCGACGUAUGGCGUUCCACCAACUUCACGUGGAAGUGGUGGUAGCAAGAAAGCGCAUGGAUCUCCCCUCUACAGAAAUGUGCCGGCUCCAGCUCCGUCGGUGACAGACGUAACCAACUUCCCACGCGCAUCUCCUUCACUGUAUCAUACCAAGCCAUUCCCAUCUAACGUACCUUCACAACAGGCACAGUCUCGUUUCGCCGAAGCUCCAGGCUCUGGCAACAACACGCCGAACCCGCUCAUGGGUGGCUCGCAGCACAGUGCCCCAAGCGUACAUCAAACUCAGCAAGGUGUUCACCAAGCUCCAAGCCACCAGCAGCAGAGCGCGUACAAUUCCCAAGGCUACCCGUACGGCCACCCAUACUACACCAGCCCGUAUGCGGCGGCCUACCAGAACCAAUACGGAUACGGCAACCAGCUCGGCGGCUACGGCGGCGGUAACAACGGCGGCUACCCGGCGAAGCAAGGCGGCAUGUACGGUCAAUCGCACGGCUACGGAAUGGGUCCACAGUCCUCCUACGACCAGCACUCUGCCUCUCCAGCCAACGCCGGCGCCUUUGGCCAGAACCAGCAGAGCAACAUGCGCAGUGCCAGCGGCAUGUCUUCCGGCCUCGGCGGUCUCGAAGACUACGGACGCUCUUCCGCACAGUCUCAUCAUCAGCAAAGCUCUGGCUUCGGCGGCAUGAACGAUGCCUUUGGGCGCUCCGCCUCGGGCUUCGGCGGUCAGCAGAGCGGUUACGGUCAGCAGCAGCAGAGCAUGGCCGGCCCUGAGGACUCACUCAAGCCAUACGCCGAUGCGAACAAGGGCGGUCCGUCGCCCGCACUGGGCCAACCGGGCGUCAGACCGGGCUCCGCCGCCAACAGCGUCGCGGGUGUCUCGCAGUCUGGUCUCCCGCCGCCCCAGCAGCAGCAGAGUGGUGGAUUCGGCGGAUACCAAGGCUUCGCAGGGCAGAGUCAGUACGGCAGUCUUGGUGGCUUGGGUGGACAGGGUCAGCACGCAGGACAGAACCAGAUGGCUGGACAGGGAGGGUAUGGGAGUUACGGCAGCAGUGGGUUCGGGCAGACUUAUGGCGCGCAGUAUCGUGGUGGGGGCUGGGGCUCGAACUAUGGGGCGCACUGA